AUGGCGGCCCUCCUAAGCCACAUGAUGGUGGCUCAUCUUCCUCCAGGCACGAUGCCAUUGCGGAGGAUCUUCUGCUCCGUUCGAGCAUCCCACGGCAGCGCCGACCCAAGUGGUUCGUCCCCGGUGUCGGUGAAGCUGGCUCAGGCGUUGAGCUCAUUGUACAUCGUCUACUUGGGGGAGAGACAGCACGAGGACGCUGAUCAUGCCACUGCCUCGCACCACAGCAUCCUAGCUUCUGUUCUCGGAAGCAAGGACGCGGCUUCGGAGUCGAUCUUGUACAGCUACAAGCAUGGAUUCUCUGGCUUCUCUGCAAUGCUCACAGAACCACAGGCCGAAACAAUCAGAGGCCUACCUGGCGUGGUGAGCGUGAGGAUGAACCAGAUGCAUAGUACACAUACUACUCGCAGCUGGGACUUCAUGGGGCUGCCCUACGGCCAGCCGAAUGGAGUUUUGGCAAGUGCCGGAAUGGGAGAGGGCAUCAUCAUUGGUGUAAUUGACUCAGGUAUUUGGCCAGAGUCACCAAGCUUCAGCGAUGAUGGAUAUGACCCCCCUCCUGCAAGAUGGAAGGGGACCUGCCAAUCUGGCAAGUCCUUCAGCUCCAAGAGCUGCAACAACAAGAUCAUUGGUGCACGGUGGUAUGCCGACGUUGUCAACGAAACCCAACUAGUAGGUGAAUUUCUAUCUCCAAGAGAUCUCAACGGCCAUGGUACCCAUGUGGCCUCGAUAGCAGCAGGGAACAUCGUCCACAACACAAGUUUCUAUGGGCUGGCAUCCGGUGUUGCACGCGGCGGUGCACCAAGAGCCCAGAUCGCAGUGUACAAGGCUUGCUGGAGUGUUGGAGCGCCACCAGCCGAUGCCACUUGCAGUGAGGCGGCAGUCAUGAAGGCAAUAGAUGAUGCUAUCCAUGAUGGAGUCGACAUCUUAUCAAUGUCCAUACUCAGUGUGUUGGGGCACAUCCCCGCGUUUCAUGCGGUGGCAAAGGGUAUCCCGGUGGUAUAUGCAGCUGGGAAUUUUGGGCCGUAUGCCCAAAUGGUGGGUAACGUAGCUCCAUGGCUGUUUACGGUUGCAGCAUCAACGAUUGAUCGGUUGUUUCCUACUGCUAUCACUCUUGGAAAUGGCCAGACACUUACGGGGCAAUCCUUGUUUGCGGAUAUGGAAAGAGCAAAUCAGUUUCACAAGAUGAAGCUCUACUUAAAUACCAUGUGUAACUUGACUGUUGCAAACAGUACAGAUGUGAAAGGGAGUAUUGUUCUUUGUUUUAGUACAACCUCUGUCCUCCCGAUAGCACAAUUGUAUGGGUUAGCAUCGGCAGUGAUUAAUAAUGGAGGAGAAGGUUUUAUCUUCACACAGCAAAGUACCGACUUUCUUGUUGCUUGGCAGUUUCGUGCCAUGUCCAUCCCAUGUGUUUCUGUUGAUUUAGAAGUUGCCUACAAGAUAAUUCAGUAUUUCAGUACCAGCCAGAAUCCAGUAGCAAAGGUUUCUUUGACUCAAACAACAACUGGAAGUGUAAUUCCUGCUCCGAAGAUUGCAGCUUUUUCAUCUAGAGGUCCAAACUCUGUCUAUCCUACCAUCCUCAAGCCUGACAUUGCUGCACCGGGGGUGAAUAUUUUAGCAGCAGCACCACAGGUUGGUAUUUACAAGGAAUUGGGGCUCUACUUCUUUGAUUCAGGGACAUCAUUUGCUUGCCCACAUGUAUCCGGCAUUGUAGCCGUGCUCAAGUCACUCCAUCCAGACUGGUCCCCUUCUGCUCUCAAAUCAGCACUCAUGACAACUGCAUACAAUACGGACAAAAACGGACUCCCAUUACUAGCUGAUGCAACCCCAAAUAAGAUUGCGGAUCCUUUCGACUAUGGAGCUGGAUUCCUUAAUCCGACUCAAGCAAGCGAUCCUGGACUUAUAUAUGAUAUUGAUGCGUCAGAUUACCAAAAGUUGUUCAACUGCAUGCUUGGAUCAGAUACAAAUGGUAGUUGCACAGGAACUGAGAGUUCUUUGUUUGACUUGAAUCUCCCAUCAAUCGCCAUCCCUAAUCUCAAGUCAUCGGAAACGGUAUCAAGGACUGUCACCAAUGUGGGCCAAUCUGAUGCAGUGUAUAAAGCGUCUGUUGAGCCUCCUGCUGGCGUUGAUAUGCUGGUCGAACCUAUGACAUUGGUGUUUGGCACGGAUACAAGCUCACAGUCUUUCAAGGUGACCUUCAAGGCAAUGCGAAAGAUCCAAGGCGAUUACUCAUUUGGUAAUUUGGUGUGGCAUGACGGAGGCAGCCAUUUGGUCCGAAUCCCGAUUGCAGUUCGUGUUGUCAUCGAAGAUUCGUAUUCAACUGUCUCCUAAACUAUAUGCAUGGAGGUAAAUGGUUAAUUUUGCAGGUUAUGUAUGUUGUAAGUGAUGUGCUACGUGAUGGUUUUAUGUUUGUUCUCCGUGUUGCGUACAUGUAAAUUAUUACAAGAAUAAAACGUUGAGGUACCAUGAUAGCUCAACUUCUUUUGAUGAAAUAAAU